UACAUUACGAACCAGCUAAAAACUCUACAAGAUUUCUCCGUUAAUUAUUUAUAUUUUUACCUUGUUUUUGGAAACAUUGAUAAUUAAGUGUCAAGAUGGGGAAAAGACAACAUCAGUCGGAUAAGAUGUAUGUGACUUCUAAGGAGUGGUCAGCAUUCUAUGGAGGCAAGAAGAAAACUGAUCCACAGAAGUCUGAGUUUCGCAGAUUGCCCUUUGACCAUUGCAGUCUGUCGCUCCAGCCUUUUGAACACCCCUACUGUACUGUUGAUGGUAUCAUCUUUGAUCUGAUGAGUAUUGUUCCUUUUAUCAAGAAGUACAAGGCCAAUCCUAUAACAGGACAGGCCCUAGAUGCAAAGUCUCUCAUCAAGCUUAAUUUCCAUAAGAACACUGAUGGAAAGUACCACUGUCCAGUGACGUUCAAGGUAUUCAAUGAGAAUACUCAUAUUGUUGCUGUCAAAACAACUGGCAACGUAUAUUGCUAUGAAGCUAUUGAACAGCUGAAUAUCAAAGCUAAGAACUGGAAAGAUUUGCUGACUGAUGAAACCUUCAAACGAUCUGAUCUCAUCACCAUCCAAGAUCCAGGCCAGCUGGACAAGUUCAACAUCUCUGCAUUCCAUCACAUAAAAAACAACCUGAAAGUGGAAGAUGAAGCUGAGAAGAAAGCCAGGAAAGACCCAAAGUAUACUCUCAAUAAGACCAAUGUUGAGACAGAAGACAUCUUAGGAACACUCUACAAAGAAUACCAGCCUAUGGAUGGGAAAGAAGAAAAGAAACAGAGAGCAGAUAAACUCAAUUCUGCACACUACAGUACAGGUAUGGUUGCAGCAGGCUUCACUUCAACAGCUAUGGCUCCUCAAACCACUCAUGAAGCAGCUGUGAUUGAUGAAGACAUCAUUCGAUAUGAGCGGGUGAAGAAGAAAGGUUAUGUUAGGAUGAAUACCAACAAAGGAACACUCAACAUUGAACUCAGAUGUGAUCUGGUAACUAAGACAUGUGAAAACUUUAUUCAGCUGUGUGCAAAAGGCUACUACAAUGGCACAAAAUUCCACAGACUAAUCAAGAACUUUAUGAUUCAAGGAGGAGAUCCCACAGGAACUGGAACUGGUGGGGAAUCAAUCUGGGAAAAGCCAUUUGAAGAUGAUUUCAAGCCUAAUCUGAGCCACACAGGAAGAGGUAUCCUCAGUAUGGCUAACUCAGGUCCCAACACAAACAAGUCACAAUUCUUCAUCACAUUCAGAUCCUGCAAAUACUUGGAUGAAAAGCACACCAUAUUUGGAAGCGUUGUUGGUGGUCUUGAUACACUCACUAAUAUGGAAAAGAUAGAGACUGAUAAGAAAGACAGACCAUUAGAGGACAUUGUGAUUCAAGACACAGUUGUAUUUGUCAACCCAUAUGAAGAGGUGGACAAAGAGAUUUCAGAGGAGAGAUUAAAGCUGAAAGUAGAAGAAGAGACCAAAGAAAAGAAAGCACCCCAGUCUAGAGCAGUAAAACCAGGAACCUCAGACAAGCCUAGGGUUUAUAGGGCAGGAGUUGGCAAGUACUUGGCUCAAACAUCAAUGGAGAGUACUAAUGCCAGGCCUUCAACAAGUUCAGCUUCAGAUCUACCAAGCUCAAACAGUGGUGGAGUUACAAAGAGACCAGGAGAAGGAGAAAGGAGUUACCAAGCCGACAAGAAAAGGGUCAAAAGUUCAACGAGUUUGAAUGACUUCAGUGCUUGGUAAUCGGGUAGGAUUAAAGCUAUGUUCUAUUUCAUGGAUUGAGGUUAGGAGACUAGGAUGAGGUAACAUUAGUUGGCUCCAGGCUAACUGGUCUUAUUUUACUAAUUUUUAUUCUUUACUGCUUUUAAAUGUUCAAUAUCCCUGUUGCCCGAAGAAGAAAAAUGGAUUAGGGUUAUGGUUAACCUAGUAUUGGAUCAGCACUGUACAGCACACAGUACAGUACAGGAUCAAAUGUGAGCAUGUUGUAUUAAAGUUACAUGAAAUAUAAGCUUUAAAAGACAUUCCACAAGAUUUUCAGUGUAUAAUUAUGUGCAUAAAAUCAGCAUUUACAUUGAAAAAAAAUGGGCCAAUACCCAUUGUCGAGAUGGCAGGGGGCAUACACCAAGAAUAAACACAUAAUUAAAAAAAGAAUAUUCUCACGUCAGUAAAUGUUCCUCAGGUGAUGAAAAAAUGCCCCUCUUGUGAUGGAAAAUGUGCACAUUCUCAGGUGAAAAUUGCUAUUUUGAUAAUUUUCUGCCUUGUAAUUCCCCUAUGCUGGGUUCCCUGGUCAUGGGCAAACUGUGGAAGUCAUGAAAGUAUAGCCUUCUGGAAAUUCAAAUGUCACUGCUAGGGCCCGUUUCUUUGAUGAAAAUCUCAAUGACUUGAAGUAUGAUUUAAUAAAUCAUUGGAAAAUGAAGAAAUGUGUAUCUCAUGACAUACCAGUAUUUCAUCAAGUGAUUCUUUUUUCUAGUAAGAAUUACACAAAAGCAAUGAAUUAUCAACAAAAUAUAGAUUCCCAUGGAAAAAAAAGUGAAUAAAAGCAUAGUGGUGAUCCUGAAAUAUUGAUGUGUUACUUGAAUGAAAAUACUACAUUAUGUAUGAGUAAAGGAAUGCUUAUUGCCUAAUGAAUAAUAUUUCAAUAUUCAUCACUACAAACAAGGGUCAGAUUUUGUAGAAUACUGGCAUAAUUUACCAAACCUGUAACCUCCUCAUCCUGCUUGGGUUGAUAUUUUUGGAGAGUAGAUUGCCUUUUUUUAAGCAUAACUGCCUCCUUUAAAUUGUACAAUAUGGUGGAUUCACAAUCCACAGCACCAUUUAAGCGGUACCAGUGUUUAUUCAAUUACAUGUGAUGCAUCACUGGAAAACAUUGACAUUGUAUCAACUGUGGCUAGGCUUGGUAAUAAACCUUGGCCUAGGAGAUAAGGGGAUUUAAUCAAUUUUUGGUCGGGAGGAUUUGAAAAGUUUAACCGGGUAAAAAUAAAUUUGUGCUGAAUAAAAAAAAUGUCAGUCUUUUCUUACCCGCUCAAAACAUUAUGGCCACUUUUUGGCCAGAACUGACCAUUAUGGUUACUUUUGGUCAUGGAUAAUUUUUCCAAUCGUUAUUAUCAGCUAAGGAGAAUGGAGGGGUCAAUUACUUAAUUCAAUGUAAAAAUGUGCCCUGAAGGCCCCUGAUGCUACAAAAACAACAGUAUGGUAAUUUGUGUUACUUGUUUUCCAAAAGAAAACCCAUUUGUAUUGAGUUUUGUCUAAAAUCUUGCCAAACUUUUGAGGCAUAAUAGAUCGAUUGGUUAGUCUUGACAUCCAAAUUCAAUAUAAAAAUGUGCGCUGAUAUCAGAAUCAAUUGAUCUCAUUAAGUGAAUUUUCCACAGUUCUGACCGCUGUGGUCAUUUCUAUUGGUGGCUAGCAUUUCGCUUUGCUGCACUAGUUGAAAGGUGUCAACCUGCAAAAUGAAAAAUUGGCCUGUCGCGGCUUGCCAGUGGGGGCACUGUUAAUUGUUGUUAAGCUGGUUUUAACUUGAAUGCUGAUUUCUACUCUACAUUUUGAUACCAAAUUGUUGUAAUGCCACACAUCUGAUCAUAACUAAAAUGUGGGUGAUUGCGAAAGAUCAUGUCUGAUUACAGGUGUACCAAAAAAUUUUCAGGAAAGUCUAUAUACAUCUUACAGCGUCAUUAGACGGACAUAUGUAAUGAGAAAAUGAGUCAUUAUGUAGACAUGGUCAUUAGCAGGACAUUUUCAUGUCCUGUUAACGAUUGAACAAUAGAAUUACUGUCCUCUACGUACGUUUGCAGGCGAGGAAACUUUAUAGGCCUCCCAAGAAACAAUAGGUUUAAUCAUUAGUUUAAUUAGUUAUAUUGUUUUGAAUUUAGGGUUAGGGUGAUAUACCAGUUUUUAUGAUGUCCUUUUAAUGUACCAUUUAGGGUUAUAUACAGUUAAUGUACCAUGUAAGGUUAUAUUUAUAUAUAUGUAUAUACAAUCAAACCUGAUUAUUAAGGCCAUCCAAGAGGAACACAUACAGUGACCACUGUCUACAGGUAGCCUUGUUAGACAGGUUCUCCAUCACACAUUUAUAUCUAGAGGGAGGCAACAUGGGUGACCACUAUAAGCAGGUUGCCUUUAUAAAGUAGUGGCCACUAAGGCAGGUGUAACUGUAUAUAUGUCAUAUACAUGUAGUUUUGCAAUCUCGUUUUUCGACAACUCUCUGUUUCUAUUCCUUAACAUUAACUCCAUGCUCUCAAUUAACAGGAGGUACUCAUUUUUCUGCCGGUACAUUUUCCAACAUUUUGUAAUUCCUAGACACAAAUUCCUCUACCAGGGUGCCCAUAAUAAGUAGGGUUUAUAAAUGCUGUAUAAUUCAAAAUAUUUUAUGCAUUAGUACGAAGAUUCAUUAUUCUAUAGGUUGCUUUCACAAAUGUCAUACCAGUAAUUCAGAAUUUUUGCAAUUUCGAAAAUGAAAUCGGAUUUACUUUCCCGAAAAUUGAAAAGGGUUCAUAUUUCAGAAAAUAAAAUUGGGCUCAUAAUUCCAAAAAUGCGAAGGGUGGUCUUAUCCAGGGGUAAAAUGAGAGAGUGUUAAGAUUUAGGAUCAAUACACCUUCUGAAUAAUGAACCUUCAAUCUUUCCUAAAAAUUCUUAUUCAAUAUUAUUGUAUUUUUAAAUGAUUCAGUUGACCUGUUUUUAUGAGGUGUUAAAAAGAUUGUUUCACUUUCCCCUUAAAGUCAUGACUUAAUGUGUGAUAAAAUGAUAUGUUUUUAUUAGACAGUUUAGUGAUUAAUGUAAGGAGUGAUGAUUGUGGAUAUUACCAGGUUGAAUAAAUGUACAGAUAUAUGAUUGCUGAAUAAAUUCAUUUGUGGAUACAUGAGUGAUAAUAGACAAUGAA